AAAAGAUAAAAUAGCUUAUGAUGGAUUAAUGAAUUUCUUUCCUAGAUAAAAAAACAAAAUGGGAAAAUACAUAGAAUGAAAUAUCCCCUGGCUCUGGUGGCGCCCUGCUCACUGUGUUGCAUUGCGAGUUGUGUCUUGCACCGUCCCUUUCUUCACAAUCACAAUUUUAUUACACAACCAAAAACCCAAAAAAGAAAAAGGAAUUUACUUUUAAAGUUUCUGUUUGUAUAGUUUUGUGAUGGGCACGUUGUCCUUUGGGGAUGUGGGCGGUGAUUCUCCUCCUCUGCCUCUGCCUCUGUCUCUGCGGGGAUUGCCGAUGUAUGAAUGAAUCAAUCAACCUUCAUACCCCUUUUCAAUCCCACCUGGACCUUGUGAUUUCCUUCUCAGUAUCUCUCCCCUCUUUUCCACGGUGUGGCGGUUUUAUGCUGGUUUUUUCUUAAAAAAUGGACGCUAAUCCCACGAAAGCCAAGGAACAGCGAGCACGCGGCUGCAACCCCGUCAAGAAACCGGGACCAGUCACGAUGGACCACGUUUUGUUGGCCCUUGAAGAGACCAAGGAAGAGAGGGACCAGAGAAUUCGCAGUCUCUUCAAUUUCUUUGAUUCUGCCAAUGCCGGCUUUUUGGACUAUGCCCAGAUUGAGGCUGGUUUAUCUGCUCUCCAAAUUCCCUCCGAGUACAAGUAUGCAAAGGAUUUGCUUGACGUGUGUGACGCUAACAUGGAUGGCCGGGUGGAUUAUCAGGAGUUUAGGCGCUAUAUGGAUGAUAAGGAGCUCGAGCUUUACCGUAUUUUUCAAGCCAUUGAUGUUGAACACAAUGGUUGCAUUUUGCCUGAGGAGCUUUAUGAUGCUCUUCUCAGGGCAGGAAUUGAAAUUGACGAUGAGGAGCUAGCUCUGUUUGUUGAACGUGUGGAUCAGGAUAAUAACGGAGUUAUAACGUUUAAAGAAUGGAGAGACUUUCUUCUGCUCUACCCUCAUGAGGCAACUAUUGAAAACAUUUACCAUUACUUAGAAAGGGUAUGCCUUGUUGAUAUCGGAGAACAGGCUGUUAUCCCUGAGGGAAUUAGUAAGCAUGUACAUGCAAGCAGAUACCUGAUUGCAGGUGGAGUGGCUGGGGCAGCAUCUCGGACAGCAACUGCACCUCUUGAUCGUUUGAAGGUUGUUUUGCAAGUUCAAACUACACGAGCUCAUAUCAUGCCAGCAAUAAGAGACAUAUGGAGGGAAGGAGGAAUAUUGGGAUUUUUCCGUGGCAAUGGAUUAAAUGUCUUGAAAGUGGCACCUGAAAGUGCCAUCAAGUUCUAUAUGUAUGAAAUGCUGAAAGAAUUUAUCAUUAAAGCUAAGGGGGGGAAAGAUAAGGCAGAAAUUGGUGCUGCAGGUCGUCUAAUUGCUGGUGGCUUAGCUGGUGCUGUGUCACAGACUGCCAUUUAUCCGAUGGAUCUUGUAAAAACCCGAUUGCAAACAUAUUCUUGUGAAGGUGGAAAAAUUCCUAACCUUGGAGCAUUGUCUAAGGAUAUAUGGAUUCAGGAAGGACCCCGGGCAUUUUAUAGAGGACUUGUUCCAUCUCUUCUUGGGAUAAUUCCUUAUGCAGGCAUUGAUCUUGCUGCAUAUGAAACUUUGAAAGAUAUGUCCAAGAAGUAUAUUCUUCAAGACAGUGAACCUGGUCCUCUUGUACAACUGGGAUGUGGCACAAUAUCUGGAGCUCUAGGGGCAACAUGUGUCUAUCCAUUGCAGGUUGUCCGAACAAGAAUGCAGGCUCAGCGCCCUAAUACAGGUGCUGCUUACAAGGGAAUGUCUGAUAUGUUUAAGAGAACAUUUCAACAUGAAGGGAUUAGGGGUUUCUACAAAGGAUUAUUUCCUAAUUUGCUCAAAGUUGUUCCAUCUGCAAGCAUAACAUACCUGGUUUAUGAGAGCAUGAAAAGGAGUCUGGAUCUGGAAUAACAAGUUUUGGUGCUGUGUCCAUGCCUGUGAUUGACAUUGUUGCGUGUAUAGUUGGAGUGGUGGGGACGGUGACGAAAAAGAUUGUUUAAGAGAAUAAGGUUACUAAUUGAGUAGAUUAUAGCAUUGUUUUAGAUUAUAAUACACAUGCCAUUCUAGCAUGAAAUACACUGCAAGGGCAAAAUUGGCUUGCCCCGUCAUUCUUGACAGCUUGAAGCUUCUUUCAAGCUUUAUUUGCGUUGGUUGAUUGUUCUAUGAUAAAGAAGCAUACAGAAAAACUUCACUUGAAGAUCGAUUUUGUAAUUCUUUUCUUGGCUGCAAUUUUAUCAGAAAUUGCUAUGCCAUUAAUAAGUCUGCUUGUCUUCCUCUUCACCAUUUA